AUGGUUAGUGGGUCUAGUCGGCUGAGCGAGUUUUGGCUAGCCCAGGUUAAGUUAGCUAAUGUGACUAAUCAGUUAGCCAAGUUUGCUCAGUUAGUAGGUCACAUUCCAACGUCUGUGGCCCCGGGUCUGCGCGACAUUGUCUGCAAACCACCAUCAGAUCGACUGUAUGACGAACUCCGUGAGGCGAUCCUAGGCAGAUUCGGAGCCGUAGCCCUAGGCGCCCACGAUCAGGCUCAUCGUCGAUUUGGACUUGCUGGUAUGAUCGUUGGUACGGUGACGCCUCAGCAAGUUGCCUUACACCGUGAAGCUACACACCCAAAUCGGAAAACCGAUAACCCGACCGGCCCAGGCGACGACCGUGUCCGGCUCGCCAUAAACAAGUCGCCUGUUCUUCGUCACCGACCGACAUACCGGAAUACGCUUCCUAGUUGA